AUGGAGAGAAGACCUAAUCUGGAUGAUUUGACAAACAUUGAAAUCAUUGAUCGAUACCGUCUUGAUCGUGAUGGGAUCGAUUAUGUGGAAAACAUAUUAUCAAGACAAAUAACGCCAAAAGCGUAUCGAAACCAUGCCAUCUCUGCAAGGCACAAACUACUUAUAACCUUAAGGUAUCUCGCGACUGGUCCAAUCCAACUGAAUGACUGCGACAUUCAUGGUGUCAGUCAACCGACUGUUUCAAGAGUACUUGGAGAAAUGCUGAAUGUCUUGUCAGAUCCAAGGCUGGAAACAGUGCAGGUGGUUGUGGAUGGUGAAGACAAAAUCAUCGACAUUGUAGCCCGCUGGCCGGGAUCUGUUCACGAUGCCAGAAUUUUGCGAGAAAGUGGCCUAUCCCAGCUCUUAGAUAAUGGGUUUGGAGGCCAUGAACAGUUCCAUCUACUGGGUGAUAGCGGCUAUCUUAGUAAGCUUACAACAGGUAUGCAAAGCCACAAAACAACAAGAUCCAGGGUAGAGAAAGCCAUUGGACAGCUGAAGAGGAGAUUUGGUGUGCUCCAUACAGAGAUUACCCUUUCACCAGAAAAGGCCUGCAAAGUAGUCAUCGCUUGUGCUGUGUUGCACAACCUGUGUAUAGCAAGAGGGAUUCCAUUUGCUGACAACCAAGAUGAUGACAAUGGAAAUAACAACAAUGGUGAUCCAAGGCCACAAGACCAAAUGCCCGGUUGA